AUACCUGAUCAGUUUCCUUGCCGGCAACGUCUCGUAUGGCGUCAGAGAGCUUCAAGGCCCACAGCAACUACUGGUCAUGUUUGACGUCAACAACAUAUCUUAUACCGGUAUAGACGGAGCCUUCCACAACAUCAGUACAGCAAUUACGAAUUUCAUGCGGCAGAACGGAGCGCAGAACGCUACGAACAACAUCACUGGACUGCUGGCCAGAGAAACCACUUGUGUUCACGUACGCUGGGAAUGGCUCUGUUUUCCAGCCGCAUUAGUCCUUCUGACCUUGUCAUUCUUCGUUGUUGUGGUCGUAGAGACACGAAUAUCAACUGGCAACGAUUUCAAGGCUUCGGUUCUGCCUCUCAUGUUCAACGGCAUGCAUUUACCAGACCAUACAACUGAAGGAGCCGCAGCUACUCGUGUUUCAGAGAUUGAACAAGAAGCUCGAGACAUGUUAGUAAAAUUCGAAAAGACAGCUGGAGGUUGGCGGUUUCGUAAGAUAACUAUGCAAUCUUCAUCUAGCAGGUCUUACUGUCAACGGACGGCUCCAGCUUUGACGCAACAGACGUCUGCUACCAAAAUUUAUGCUAGGUUGCUUGUCAAGAGUCUGUGUUGGUCGUAUCUUCCUACUUCCUACUGUUACCUAGUGUUCACUGCAACAAUUCGUGCAUGGAUCGGACUGCAGCACAAAGAUGAUGAGCUCUUGGAUCAUCUGCCCAUCUUCCCGCUUCUUCGACGAAAGGCCCUUCGACGGGUCGACUUUAGCACAGAUUCCUCCACAUCUCCAAAUCUGUUUCUGAGUUCGCAAUUGCGAUCGUCUCCUUCCCGCGUACUGAAUGGCACAUCAGAUAUCGGAACGAUGCAUUUUUCUCUCCUUGGGGCUACGGUGUCCCUGUUGUGCGCGAGCGCUACAGCGUUUACCCCAGCAUCGACUUCUGGAACAGACAAGCUUAACGAUCAUGGUAUGACAAAGCUGAAGACGAAUCUUCACAAGCACCGCGACCAGAACACUUGCAGCUUGGACACAGCCGUCGAGCGUCAGGAGUGGUAUUACCCUGCAGGANGCACUCUCUCGAACUCCAACAAGAAGAAAUACAUCAAUGCUGUGCUGUGCCUUCAGUCAAAACCAGCAAGGAGUGGCAGCAUCGCUCCAGGUGCAAAAUCCCGCUAUGACGACUUUUUGGCCACUCAUAUAAACCAGACUCUGACGAUCCACGGCACUGGCAAUUUCCUCAGCUGGCACCGUUACUACAUCUACACUUUCGAAGAGGCUCUCCGCAAUGAAUGUGGCUACAAGGGUUACAUUCCCUACGCCAAUUGGGGAAAGUACGCUGAGGACUUGUUGAAUGCUCCUAUCUUCGACGGCAGCGAAUACUCCAUCUCUGGCAAUGGCGAGUAUGAGAACCACACGGGUGCUGUGAUCCCCAGUCCAGCCACACCAUUUAUCCAGCUUCCUGCAGGUUCUGGAGGUGGCUGCGUGUCGGACGGACCCUUCAAAAACAUGACUGUCAAUCUUGGUCCUUUGGCUCCUGUAUUUAGCGAUGUCCCUGCCAACCCUCGUUCUGAUGGCUUGGGCUACAAUCCUCGCUGUCUGCGUCGCGACAUCGGUGCCUAUGCCGCCAGCAUCGCUUCCACGGAUGCCAACAGCACAGCCCUGAUCAGACAAAACACCUACAUUGGCGACUUCCAAACCGUCAUGCAAGGUGACUUUGCAGCAGGCUUGCUGGGCGUACAUACAGCCGGUCACUUUUGGGCUGGCGGUGACCCUGGCGGUGACAUCUUUUCUUCUCCUGGUGAUCCUUGGUUCUGGCUUCAUUAUGCACAGAUCGACCGUACCUGGUGGAUCUGGCAAAAUCAGGAUCCGGCGAGCCGCAGCAGUGCCAAGGGAAACAACUCUUUGGCUGGAACUAUCACUUUGAACAAUAGCCCGCCGUCGAGGAACACCAGGCUGGAUGAUGUGAUUGACUUGGGUGUUAAUGCGAAGAGCAUUCUGAUCGAGGAUGCGCUGAGCACUACAGCUGGACCAUUCUGUUAUGUUUAUGUU